AUGAAGUUCUGCACCUACCAGACCACUUUCACCAUCGGCUCUCUCAUUGCUAUCAUCGGACUGCAGGGAUGCGCCUCUAAGGAGAAGAAAGCCGCCCAAGCCGCAGCUGACGCGGCAUCUGCAGCAUCUGGUCUCGCCUCUGAAGUCGCUGACUAUGAUAACUUCUCUGUCGAUAAUCUCUUCCGUGGAAGCGGAGGCCGCUACCAGAUUUGCAGUGUCAACGGCACUACUACUGACGGCUCCAACGAUAUGGAGGGAACAUUCAAGCUCCGAGUUGAAAGAAUACUCGGCAGUGGCGAAAGCCAGUGGAAGGCGAUUCUCCGCGGUUUCUGUGGGGCUUCCGGCAAUUUGGAGAAGAAGUUGGGCACUGACCACACGAGCAAGUUGCAAGGCGAGAUGAACUGCCAGGGCGUCUGGGGCGUGUUCCACAUCACUCGCCAGUCGGGCUUGGAUGCGGUCAUAUCCGUAUGCGACGACGUUCUCAAUGCUCAAGAGCAGAAAGGUUCUGGUGCUGCUAGCAGCUCCACUGAAGUGCAAGAAACCACCACCGCCGCCCCUACUGGUGAGAAGGAGGAGGAGGAGGCGACUGAAGAGAAACCCGCGAACAGCAAGGCUGCGGGAGCAAAUCCGAAGCGAGCACAGCGGAAUCGUCAGGAAAUACACAGACGGUUGGGUCCUUUCCAUCCUGGUGUGACUACACACAGACAGGUCUGCACAGCGAAAUACAAUGAUACCCUCAAUCUCAAGGAGUACAACCUCAAACUAGAGCGCCGAAAAGAAGGCUCCGAGAAAUGGACGGCAAAGCUCUCUGGGAAAUGUGGCCAUCGAGAAAAUCUCGAAGCUGACCUGACAGGAGACGAUUUGGAUAAACUCCAAGGCGAGAAGAACUGUGUCGUUGCUUGGGAAGCUCUGGGAGUCACUUCUCGUGUGAUCGUCGCCAGAAAGAGUGUCCCUCCCGUAGCGAAAAUCCAAGGAUGCGGAUCGAGUAAAUCCUCGACUCGCGGUGGAGCUGAGGCAAGCUCCACUGAGACCUCUACAGAAACAGAAAGUGCAGCGAAGGCAUCCAAGCAAACUGCCCCAGAGGAAGUGAAAGACGGUGGCAAGUUCAAGAUCUGUCGCGCCUCCUCAACCGAUCAUACGUAUAAACUUUCUGUUCAACGCACUCUAAAGUCUGGUGAGACCCAAUGGAAGGUGAAGCUGGUGGGCGAUAAGUGCGGCGACAAGACCGGCGCGAAGAAGGAGAUUGUUGACGAUUUGGCUAAGGAUUUACAAGGUGAAGAUGUUGACUGCAAGGCGGUAUGGGAGAAGUUCGGGGUAACAGCAGAAAAUCCCAGUCGUCUGAAAACCUUGUGCACGGACCCUGCCUGGCUUGCUUUGAAGGUUGUGGGUCGAAAAAGGAAGUACAAAGUGAAGAAUCAAAUGCGGGCCCCGAAGCCGGAGUCGCCAGUUCAAGUUCAUCAUCGAGCUCGUCCAGGACGAGUUCCCGGUACACCUGGUGACACUGUGCAGAGUUGUGAUGCCAGCGCUGGCCUAUUCCAUCUUAUAGUUAAACGUGUCAAACGCGGCGGACAGAGCAAUUAUGAAGUUUCUAUGGUGGGAAGCAAGUGCGGUCCUGACGUCGUCCCUGAAACUCCACUGAGUGGGGAGAAUACUGCCAAACUACAAGAAGAUAAUAUCUCAUGUGCCAAGGUUUGGAAGGCUUUAGGAGUCGCCACUGCUACUUCUACAGAAGAGACUCUAUCUGAUAUGUGUGCCAAGCUCAAAGCAGGACAAUUGUAG